AUGUUUCAGAAUUAUGGUGCAUUUAUUGAGAAGGAUGGAGCAGGGAUCAGAGGUACAAUAAAGAUCACUGGAUUUAAAAACGGAGACAUAGAUCUUUCAAAAUCAUUGUGGACCUAUCAGGUUGGGCUUCAGGGUGAGUUUUUACAACUUUACACUGAAGAGAAUGAAUAUUCAGAAUGGAUAGAAUUAACCCCUGAUGCUAUCUCAUCCACAUUUACAUGGUACAAGACAUAUUUUGAUGUUCCUGGUGGCACAGAUCCAGUUGCUCUUGACUUGAAAAGCAUGGGGAAAGGUCAGGCUUGGGUGAAUGGUCACCAUAUAGGAAGAUACUGGACUCGGGUUUCCCCAGAAAGUGGAUGCAAACAAGUCUGUGAUUAUCGUGGAGCAUAUGAUUCUGACAAGUGUUUAACAAAUUGUGGAAAACCAACCCAAACCUUGUACCAUGUGCCACGAUCAUGGUUGAGAGAAUCCAACAAUUUACUUGUUAUCUUGGAAGAGACAGCAGGAAAUCCGUUUGGAAUUUCUGUCAAGUUACAUUUGUCCAGAUUAAUAUGUGCUCAAGUGUCAGAAUCCAACUAUCCAACUUUGCAGAAGUUGUUAAAUGCAGAUCUCAUAGUUGAAGAAGUUACUGCUAAUAAUACGAUACCUGAACUUCACUUAUAUUGUCAAGAAGGGCAUACAAUUUCCUCCAUAACAUUUGCUAGCUUUGGUACCCCAGGAGGUACUUGUCAGAAUUUUUCUAGAGGAAACUGCCACGCACCUAGUUCCAUUUCUGUAGUUUCCAAGGAAUGCCAAGGGAAAAAGAGCUGCUCCAUCAAAAUCUCACACACUGUAUUCGGAGGUGACCCAUGUCCGGGUGUUGAGAAAACGUUGUCUGUGGAAGCAAGAUGCACAUCGUCAUUGAGUGGUGGUUUCUUUCGAGAGGCCGUAAGUAGCUUUUAA